AUGGACCCCCCGAGGACCAUCUCAGAGAUCAAACUUGGUUUUCUCCGCGACCAGGUUCGCGUGCUGUCUACGCCCCUUGACCCAUCCCCUGACUGGCGCGAGUAUGGCCCAAUUGUCGAAGACGAUAUCAGCGACAAAGUCGUUAACGAGGUGCUGCAAAAAUGUAAUCUCCGUUUACCCCUUUUGUACACUAUGCUCGCCCCUAAUGUAAUUCUUUGUCUAUCUUGCAUGUCAUGGACAGGGUUGACGGGAUCAAACGCAGUGAACACGCUAUUGAAGCAGCAUAGUCGCACCGUCUUCUCGACACAGGCAAUCCAUCAUGUUUCUCAGCAGAUUGAGCGUCUUUACUGGAACUCUAUAAGUCCCGAGUUGGGGGAAGAGAGUACCCAGCUCGUCAUUGACAAGGGUGUUGAUUUGACGAAUACCAGGAAUAUUGCCCGGUUGCCCGAUGAGUGGCAUGAAGACGGGAUGAGUGAAGAGGAUAAAGCUCGGUACGACCUGCUUCGUGGACGCCUUAUCAAGCUUGAUGCAGAGCGGAAGAAACGAGAAGAUAGACUCUUACAGUAUAAGCGGCUAAAGAGAUUAUUGGAACCGUUCGAAGACCCCAUGAACACGAUCCAACCCAACCUUGCCACGAGAGAUGGCCAGCUUGGAGCUGAAUUGGACCGUAUGAGGAUGCUGCUCGCCAAAGUGGCUAGCAAAGUCGGGAGGGCUCAGAACCUCAACUCCACUUCGGAACAGGAGACGGAGCCAGUCAUGGACGCUGAAGAAAAGCUGGCUCGACUGCUGGAUAUGACCUGA